AAAUUCCUAUAAAGGCAUGAACGUUUGCCCCAAUCCGAUGUUCUACCACAAGCCUAGAAUUGGCGGGUUUUCUCUUGCAAUCCAGAACGGCCUCGAGUAACCAUGAAGGUAUUGCUACUGUUCCUGCUGCUCACCUCCUCAACUGUGUCGGCUGCUCAUCCGAAGAGAAGCUUACUGGGAAGUUUUCUUAGUCCUACUAGCAGUGGAACUUCCUUAAGUGGCACAGGCGGUCUUCUUGACACAGGAACCUCAGUUGUCGUAAACACUCUGGGUGACACGGCUAGCAGCCCAGGCAGUCUUCUUGACACAGGAACCUCAGUUGUCGUAAACACUCUGGGUGACACGGCUAGCAGCCCAGGCAGUCUUCUUGACACAGGAACCUCAGGUGUCGUAGACACUCUAGUUGACACGGCUGGCAGCCUGGCUGAUGGUAUCACUGCAGGCGCAGGGUGUGAAAAUGGUGUGAAUGUUGGUCUGCCGGUUAUUGGUGGUGAAAGUGGUUCUGGUGUUGAUCUGUUGGCCACUGUUCCAGGCACUAACAUUCUAGAUACUAAAAUUGUAGCUGAUGUUGGAGUCUCUGGUGUUCUAAGUACGAAUCUUGAAGGUAAUCUUGGAAUCAUAGAUGGUCAGGGUGGUGGUCUGACACCUGAUGUUUUAGGCACUAGUAUUUUGGGUACGAAUCUUGGAGGCACCGAUGGUCUGAAUAUUGGCCCCGUUGAUGAGGUUCUCACUGAUGUCCUUCCUGACAUUGCGGGUACGAUCGGCACCGGCACUAGUAUUUUGGGUACCAAUCUUGGAGGCACUGAUGGUCUGGAAAUUGGUCCCGUUGCUGGGGUUCUCACUGGUGUCCUUCCUGACAUUGUGGGUACGACCGGCACCGGCGGCACGGACUGCCUGACUGACGGCACGCCAGUUGACGUGGACAGCCUGGUCAGGCCCAUCGUGCAGUCCGCCAUGCUCCAGUUCCAAGCGGCUAUCAUAGUAGGCCUGCAGGCGGUGUCCAUGGUAUCGGACAUCUUCAUUAAACUACUGGCAAACGGCUUAGUCAUCGUGGUCGAUCUUGUAGUGUUCAUAGUGCAAAUGCUGCUGUCGUCGAGUGGCCUCCUGAAACUGGGCUGUGGCACAAGCCUCACUGGACUGUCGCUGAUCAGGUCCUUGCCACAGGUGUAGGACUCGGACUAGCACCGCUUGCUGCAGGACCUGGACAGAUCAUUCCUUGACGCAGGGGACUGAAGCAGAAGUCGAGACAAGCUAGACGAUGACGUCACAUCCUGAUGUCCCUCUGGUGUCUCAAGCUAUCAAGUCACAUUCACAUAAAAAUUAAACAUGAAAUGUUGAUGUUCCCAUUACAACAAUGGGAGAAUUGCGUGAAAUAUAUCACUGCAGACUAA